AUGGGUCAGACAUUGUCUGAGCCAAUCACAAGUAAGGAUACUAAACUCUUGUCAAGUAAGGAAUAUUUAGUUGGUGCGUCAUCUAUGCAAGGAUGGAGAAUCAGUAUCCUUUUUCAAAAUAUAAUUUUAAUGAUGUAUAUUGUUCUCUUGCUUGUGCACAGACUGUAUUAUCACAGAAUAAAGAUCAGUACCAGAAGGGCCACUCAGCGGUGCAACGUGUCACCAUUUUUCUAUGCAAAAAUGUGCAAUUGACUGGCCAGAAGGCGGGGCCUCCAGCCAAUACAGCUCGUUUAUUGGCCAGAAAAUGUAAUCGACUGGCUAGGAAGAUGGCGGCCAGGGGGCCCUUCUGUGUGCCUUAUUCUGUGGUAUUAUGCUGUAAUACAGUCUGUGAAAAAUUGUGGCAUUGCCUUUCAACCCCCAGCUGUGCUACCCAGAUCUGAUUGGUCAUAGUUAAACUCAAUAGAUUCUGAUUGGCUGAGUUCAAACGUCAACAAAGUUCUGACUUUUAACGUAAACAAAUCACAUCACGCUCAGGAAUUGCCAUUAUUUUCAACAUGUUGUUGCAUUUCAUUUGUUCAAUUAGAUAUCCUAUUAAUCUGCAAUACAUUAGAAACAUUUUUGCAUUGAAAAUUUAGUAGUUUGAAGCAUAGAGAGAAGUAAAAUAUUACUUCAAAGUCCAACAGUCGUUGACUCGUUGAUAUUUAUAUCAACUGAAGCCAAUCAGAAUCUAUUAAGUUCAGUCGUGACCAAUCAGAAUCAACUGCUGCUGGGGGUUGACACGAAAUGCCACACAUUUUCACAGACUGUAUUACAGCCAGUGCCUACAGCACAAUACAGUCUGUACACAGGCUAAUUGUUCUCCUGCAUUGCAAAUGCUGAUCAUGAAAAAAACUGGAUUGAGGGAUAACUGAUAACCUUUCAAAUAUACAUGUUUUAUUAUUUCUCUAACAAUGUUUUUCUCAAUUUUUUGCACCAUCCAGUGAAGCAUUAAUAAUUUAUUCAUUUUUAAGAAUGUUAAAAAAUUCCAGUUACUGUAGUGUUUUAUCAUACAGGCAAAGGAGAACAUAAUUUUACAGUUAUGAAAAUCAUGAAAAGUAUCAUGGUACUGUAUCAGAUUGGUGCAUUUGUGAUCAAUACAAAAUAUGAAGUCCAUAUCCAGCUUAUUUGAAUCAGUAUACCAGUACUGUACAGUAAUUAAAAUAAUUUUACCUUGACACAAAAUAAAGACAUGGAAGAUGCAUUAACUGCCAUUUUGGCACUGGAGGAAGACAAAAAUGUUUCAUUUUUUGCUGUCUAUGAUGGACAUGGGGGUUUGGAAUUCUAUACAUAUAAUUUGCUAGAUGAAUAA